AUGUCAUCAAUAUCAAUAGAUAUUCCAACAUUAGAAAUCAAUUCAUAUGGACUUAAAAAUCUUGUCAAUUAUAUAUCUCGACACGAGCAGACUCUAAAAGAAUUUGGAGCUAUUAAAAUUAAAUUAAAUUCUGAUUGUUUAUUAGGCAUAAAAAAACAGAAAAUUUCUUCGAAAUUUACAAAUAUUCAAAGAAUCGUGAAAAUAAGUAAUGAUGAACCAAUUUAUUCGAUAAAGAAAAUUGAAGGUAUAAAUGAUUACAUGAAAGAACAUAUACCAAUAUUAAAUGAAGAAACAUUCUGGUCUUCUUUUAUUCAUUCAAAUCAUAAACAUGAACAAUCAGCUGCUUCAAUAUUACUAAAUAAAUCAUUGUUUUUAAAAAAGUCUCCUGAAAAUUCCUUUUCAAUCCAUCAUAUACCAAAACAAUCAUUACUUAAAUUAGUUGAUACUCAAAGAAUUCAACAAUUUGUUCCUUGUUUAACACGAUCACAUGAACCAGGAACUAUAUUUCCAUUAUCAGAUACGCAACAACGUUUAUUUUCAUUAAUAUACCAUCAUGAUGGUGGUUCUCGCUAUUGGUACAUUAUUCCUUCAUGUGAAAGGGAAAUAUUACUAAAACUACUUUAUCAAAAACGUUCUUCAGCAUGUUUUCAACAUGAUCAAUUAUUUAUUAAUCCAUCCAUAUUAGAUAAACAUCAUAUUCGAUAUCAUCGAAUUAUUCAACAUUCAAAUGAAUUUAUUGUUUUGUCAGCUGGAACAAUAUCACAGAGUUUCACUACAGAUGCAUGUUGGACUGAAUCUAUUCCAUUUGCAUUACCUAGUUGGAUUAGAAAUGAUCAUGCUUACAAUCAAAAUUCAACAUGUCAAUGUAAAAUAAAUCAAUUUUCAGAAACAAAAACUAAUAAUAUCAAUUUAUCUCAAUCAGAUCCUGUACAAAAAUCUAUUGGUCAGUAUUUCAAUGUUAAUAAUAAUCAUCAUCAACAUACAUCAAUUUCGACAGGCUAG